AGCGGCUCCGUCUUCGCGUUCUUUUCCAGUAGCCCCCACCGGGUCUCCGGGAGGCGCGGAAGUCUCAGUGGCUCCCCGGGCCGGCCUCCGACGGCUCUGACAGCAGGCGCCCGCCGCCCACCAUCGUCGCCCUCUUCCCCUCCCUCUUCGGCCCCGGCUGCGGCGCGCUCUCUCCUCCUCUCCUGCGCGCCCUCUCGCCCUCUCUCUGGCCGCGCGCUCCCGCUGGCUCCGGACCCUGCGUCUCAGCUGCCCCGGCGAGCCGCAGGGGCCCCUCGCAGUGAGCAGACGCAGCUGGCCCCCGGCGCCCGAGGCCGGGGCAGGGUCCCCGCGCACCGCGGAGUGGGCUGUGAUUGGAGGAGGAGCCCGUGCCGGGCGGGCCCGAGCGGGUGUCGAGCCGGUGCCUCCAGUCUGCCCCGCGCGCGGAGCUGUGCGCACUGGGUCCCCAAGAGCCCGCGGGCGUCCGGCAGCCGAGCGCACGUUCUUUCGGAUGCACACGCCCGGGUCCCUGGCGUACGACGCCGCGGGGAGGGCAGCGAGGCCCCAGGUGAGUGUGUCUGCCUGCGCGGGGCUGGGGAGGCGCCGCUGGGCAGAUGUGCGCCCUUGCUGUGCGCCUUUGGAAGCAGGACUAAUCAGUGAGCGGAGAGCGGGCGGGGAUGUCCGUGCGGAGUUUCCCUUGGCGUCCCCAAGUUACUGCGUGUUGCAGUGAGAUGUGGCUCUGCAAGGCAGGACAGGCUUGUGGACGGAGGCGGGGGCGUUUGGCCCGGAAAGCCGGUGUUGACAGACACCAGGUGCGACACGAGGAGUAGUAGUUGAGGGUAAGAGCAAAUCCCGGCACUCUCCAGGUGCAGCGGCAAACAUGGGCAGGCUGGAGCACUCUCCUCAAAGAGGAACACAAGCAGGCUCCUCCCUCAACCUCGGACUGAUGGGGGCACAACUCCGCGCCGGCUGUGCCGCCGGGUUCUGCAGAGGUCUGAGGCUGGAAGGGGGUAUGCGCCGCUGUGGGCAGGAGUCCUUUGAACCAUCCGCUCUGGACACCUUUAACCUUUCGUGAAGGUGGAGCUCACCUCAGGGUGCUUUGCUUUUUUCCCCUGUAAUUAGUAUUCUGCUGAUCUGGUUCAUCUGCAUCCUGCGUCCCCUCCGCCUGGCAGUACCUUAAGUGUGCGCUGGGAAAAGGGCGCCCUGCUUCUCUGAAUGCAUGGUGGACUUCUUCAUGGGUGCACAUGGUACACUGCUACUUGCUGGUAUUCAACCUUCCAGUGUGGAUUAAUGAGCAAAGACCCGUUAUUCUGUACCGCUUCACGUUUUAGAUCGUUAACCCUACGGAUUUCUUAAAUGUCAUAGUUCAGGUACUUACUACACCAUUCUUUGGCGAAGGCUAUUCAGCAGUGGUGACCUCUUCCAAUCCAACACUCUACAGAUUAUUAUCUCUGGACUUCCAGCUGACACCCUGCCGGAGGCAAGAGCUACUAAGCCAACUGGAACUGUGCCUUUUCUCUUGUCAAGGUUUUUUUCUUACACAGGAAAAAGAAAGAAAAAAAAAAGAUGAAGUUGGGCAAAGUGGAGUUCUGCCAUUUUCUGCAGCUAAUAGCUCUUUUCCUGUGUUUUUCUGGGAUGAGUCAAGCAGAACUCUCAAGGUCCAGAUCAAAGCCCUAUUUCCAAUCAGGGAGGUCCCGGACCAAGCGCAGCUGGGUGUGGAAUCAGUUCUUUGUGCUGGAGGAAUACAUGGGUUCAGACCCCCUCUAUGUAGGAAAGCUUCACUCUGAUGUUGAUAAAGGAGAUGGUUCCAUCAAAUACAUCUUGUCAGGCGAAGGGGCAAGUUCCAUUUUCAUUAUUGAUGAGAACACUGGGGAUAUUCAUGCCACCAAGAGACUGGAUCGUGAGGAGCAGGCCUACUACACGCUCCGAGCUCAAGCGCUGGACAGGCUCACCAACAAACCCGUGGAGCCCGAGUCGGAGUUUGUCAUCAAAAUUCAGGAUAUCAACGACAAUGAACCCAAAUUUUUGGAUGGCCCAUACACGGCAGGAGUUCCCGAAAUGUCUCCCGUGGGGACCUCAGUGGUACAAGUGACAGCGACGGAUGCCGAUGAUCCUACGUAUGGCAACAGUGCCAGAGUGGUCUACAGUAUUCUGCAAGGACAGCCGUACUUCUCAGUGGAGCCAAAGACAGGAGUCAUCAAGACUGCCCUUCCAAACAUGGAUAGAGAGGCUAAAGACCAGUAUUUGCUUGUUAUUCAGGCAAAGGAUAUGGUUGGUCAAAAUGGAGGACUGUCAGGAACUACAUCAGUCACUGUGACCCUAACUGAUGUCAACGAUAAUCCACCUCGCUUUCCUCGAAGGUCUUAUCAAUAUAACGUCCCAGAAUCAUUACCUGUAGCCUCAGUUGUGGCCAGAAUUAAAGCUGCUGAUGCAGAUAUUGGAGCUAAUGCUGAAAUGGAGUACAAGAUUGUGGAUGGUGAUGGUUUGGGCAUUUUUAAGAUUUCUGUUGACAAAGAAACCCAGGAAGGAAUCAUUACUAUACAGAAGGAGCUGGAUUUUGAAGCCAAAACAAGUUACACGCUACGGAUAGAAGCUGCAAAUAAAGAUGCCGACCCUCGCUUUCUGAGCUUGGGUCCGUUCAGUGACACGACAACUGUGAAGAUAAUUGUGGAAGAUGUAGAUGAGCCCCCUGUGUUCUCUUCACCCUUGUACCCUAUGGAGGUGUCGGAAGCUACCCAGGUUGGGAAUAUCAUUGGCACUGUAGCAGCUCAUGACCCAGAUUCUUCCAAUAGCCCUGUGAGGUACUCAAUUGACAGAAACACAGACUUGGAGAGAUACUUCAAUAUUGAUGCCAACAGUGGGGUCAUCACAACUGCCAAGUCUUUGGAUCGAGAGACAAAUGCUAUUCACAAUAUCACAGUCCUUGCAAUGGAGAGCCAGAAUCCAUCUCAAGUAGGAAGAGGCUAUGUGGCCAUCACUAUACUUGACAUCAAUGAUAACGCCCCUGAAUUUGCCAUGGACUAUGAGACCACCGUCUGUGAAAAUGCCCAGCCGGGGCAGGUUAUCCAGAAAAUCAGUGCUGUGGAUAAAGAUGAGCCAUCCAAUGGACACCAGUUUUACUUCAGCUUAACAAUGGAUGCAACAAAUAACCACAACUUUUCAUUGAAAGAUAACAAAGACAACACAGCCUCAAUACUGACCAGGAGAAAUGGCUUCCGGAGACAGGAACAAUCAGUUUACUAUCUGCCAAUUUUCAUCGUGGACAGUGGAUCUCCUUCACUUAGCAGCACCAACACCCUCACCAUCCGCGUGUGUGACUGUGAUGCUGACGGCGUAGCCCAGACCUGCAAUGCAGAGGCCUAUGUCCUACCCGCUGGCCUCAGUACAGGAGCCCUGAUAGCAAUACUCGCCUGUGUCUUGACAUUAUUGGUGUUGAUCCUCCUUAUCGUCACUAUGAGAAGACGGAAAAAAGAGCCCCUUAUUUUUGACGAAGAAAGAGACAUCAGAGAAAAUAUUGUGAGAUACGAUGACGAGGGCGGGGGAGAGGAGGACACGGAAGCGUUUGACAUGGCUGCACUGAGAAACCUCAACGUCAUCCGAGACACCAAGACCCGGAGGGAUGUGACUCCAGAAAUUCAAUUCCUGAGUCGACCAGCUUUUAAAGGCAUCCCAGAUAAUGUCAUCUUUAGGGAAUUUAUUUGGGAAAGAUUAAAAGAAGCCGAUGUUGAUCCUGGUGCUCCUCCUUAUGACUCCCUGCAGACAUAUGCUUUUGAAGGAAAUGGCUCAGUUGCUGAAUCACUCAGCUCUUUAGAUUCCAUCAGCUCAAACUCUGAUCAGAACUAUGACUACCUAAGUGACUGGGGACCUCGCUUUAAACGACUCGCGGACAUGUAUGGGACUGGCCAAGAGAGUUUGUACUCAUAGCCUUGGAACCUUAAUUCGAAAUGUACUGAAGAAGAAGUAACAGCAAAAAAUAAAAUAAAAUGAAAUAAAAUAAUAAACCACUACAUACAGAAAACAAGAACUCCCCUUGCUGGAGACAGAUGGUUGUAAAUAUUUCUCCAUUUUUAAUUGUUUAGAUUUCUGCCUUGGUGAGGCAUAUCUUCAUUAGACUUAUCUAAGGGACUGCACUGACCACAGACUCUGAGCAUUUGAAGGUUUUUUGAUAAAAAUAAAUGCUCAGCGGUUUGUGAAUAGAUAGCAACUCUCAUAUACCUGCAAAGGCACCAAACCUCUAUGAGAAAGUAGUGCCCUGUGUUGUCAGUGAGUCAAAGAUGCCCUGUACAUACCUUCAUGGUACUGUCAUUGAGAGGAAUAGAACAUGAUGAGCUAUUGAAAAACCCUGGAACUUGUUGCAUAUCAAAACUUGGGACAAAUUUAAUUUACAGAGAUGCUUAUAGCUUACUAUAUUAUAGAAUCCAACAGAAUUAUAUUGCUCUUAACAGAAAUAUUUUAUUUAGGAAUAUAUAAAUUCCCAGAAAUUCCUUCCUAACUGAAAACCCUACCACAAAAGCCAGUAAAAUUUAGUUUAAGGCAAUAUAAACCAUUGUUUAUCCAAUAAAUUAUGAAGUGUUCCAAAUAAGAAAAAGGUAAAUAAUUUGAUAGUUUUGAGAUGCUUGUGUAGGUAUGAUUAAAAAAAAAGUUGCUGUCUAUUCAUUGAUUUUUAUUAUCUCUUCUGAUUUGUACAGGAGAAUAUCUUUUCUUUUUUAUUUGACACAUGGUGUUGUAUUUAUUUUGGAGCUCCAAUCUCCACUAAAUUCAGGUCCAUCAUACUGCCUCAUAGUAUUAAACUCAUCAGAACAUGCUGAUUUUUCUCCAGCCUGAGCUACAUGAAGGAAAUGAAGCAUGGAAAUGGAGAACUAAUAGUAAAGCAAUUGAGCCCUGUUGCAGUUCACAUCUCAAAGAGGAGCACAGUUACAAGGACAUAUAAAUUGUUCUUCUGAGCCAUUAGAAUGUCAAAACAUUGGAAUAAAAUAUUUAUAUUUUAGAAAGACUUCAGAGAGAAUUGAGAUUUUCUUUGAUGCAAGAAUUAUUUUUCAAGAUCAUGAGUUCCACAUGCUCCAAAGACUUUCAAGAACACAAACUUUCUUGCUGCAAACAUAUUGAGUAAAAUAUUGAGUUUUUAAAAGUCUUAAUAUAAUGUUAUAAAAAUUAAAAUCCAUCUUUAAAUUCUGAUGCAAAUAUGUCCCUCAAGAAUUAACCAAGCAAUGUAUGAAUUCUGUGUGGUUUAGAUGUGCCAAAGGAAGGAAGGCAAUUGCAAGUCAUCAUGUGUUUAAGUUUGAGUUGAGCUUGUUAGAGUAUGACUUUCAUGACCAAAAUGAUGUUUCUACCUAUUAUUUUUCCUAGAUUAAUACUAGUUUAAUGUGCAUAUACAUUCAAGUAAGAAUGGAUUUAUUUUUUCCUUCCUUUCUCCUUUUAAAAAUAAUUCAUUGUUGGGUUCCUAAUACAUUUACAGAUAGUAAACACUGUGUAGAGAAUCAUGUUCUAAAAGUGCUUUUUGAAAGGUAGACAGUGGAAUUAGAAUAUUAAUAUGUUGAUUACACAAAGAAGAACUAUGUAGGAUUCUGUAAACUUGCAGCCCAACUUUAGAAAUGAAGUAUGUAAAAGUGGCCUUCAACUUCAUAAAUAUAAAUAAUCCAAUAAAUUUGAUUACCUGCAAACAGUU